AUAUACUCUUUUUUUUUUUUUUUUGAAAUUUCCAGGUAUAGCAUUAAAGAAUGAACCAAAGAUUCUGGUUUUUCCCAAAUAAAACCCAAUCUCGACGUCACCACCACAGAUUAGCUGGCUCUGCUCUAUCUAAUAUAUAAAUAUCUCUAUUACAAUAUAACCUAACCCAACCUCACUCUUCCUUAUAUCCAUUACCAAACAACCCCUUCCCUCUUUCUCUCUAUCUAUUUCUUCAUGCACUUCUUAUUCACCUAAACUCAUUGUUUGUUAUUCCACUCUUUCAAAAAUGCAAGUCACAACAGAAACCCUAGAACGAGGUCUCAGUAGCCUCAAUCUCUUCACCCAAGAAUCACCCGAGAAACAACAAGAACCAUCACGAAACUCCGGUCACGGCGGUCGUUCUGAUUCGAUGCCUUCGUCGUCGUCAAUGAUCGGAGACUACAUUGGGAUGGAGAGCUGCGUGGACGUUCUCAAAGAAGGAGAGGAAUACGAUUUCCCUGAAAACAGCGCUGAUCUCAGCCAUCGAUUCCGGUGUAAGCGAGAUGAGCAUAGACUGGAGAUGAUGAUGAAGAAGAAGAAAGUAUUCCCACCACCGAUCCCACUCCUCGCUCGGACCGAGAAUCUUCCUUGUCGUAUGCCGUGGGUCUUGAGACGAGACUACACCAGUGACGGUCGCUUGAUCCUAACCGAAGAGAAGGUCCUUCGUCACGAGUACUUCCGUGCCCACAGAUCCAAUGGUCGUCUAACCUUACAGCUUGUUCCGCUCGACGACGACGACGACGACGACGAUGAUGAUAACAACGUCGAAGACGACGACGACGACGACGUUUUGGGCUCCAAUGAUCAUCGGUCAUUGAUUGCUGAAGGUACUUAUAACGGUACUAGUAGUGAAGAUGAUCAUAACAAAGAGUGUAACGUUGAUGAUAAUCUUGUGGUGAAUGAAGAAGAGGAUGGGAAUGGGAAUGGGAAUCGGAAUCGGAAUAUGGUGGAGGAAUCAAAGAAUGGGAAUAGUAUAACUAAUAAUGAGGGAAUAUUGGGAGGGGGAAAUAAUAAUAACAACAACAAUAAUAUGUGUUUAAAUUACAGUAGCGUGAGAGGGUCAUGUUCAUGUGUCUUAGGAAUGGCAGUGCCGGCAAUUAAAACCGUUCAUAGUUAGACAAUACUAUGAUGAUUAGGAGUCUCAUUCAUAUGGGUUCAGACUUGAGAGAGCUUUAGAGAGCUAUAGCUUUUUUUUACAUUUAAUUUUAAUUGGGAAAAUAUCUUCAUUUUGAAGUUAUUUUUUUUGGUCAUUAAUAAUUGAUUAGAUUUUUUGUUCUUUGAUUUUCUUUUUUCUGUCUUUAUAUUGAUCAAAUUUUGCGUAUUAAAUGAAAAUCACCUCACUUUUUUUUUUUUCUCAUCCUAUCAUUAGCAAUCAUAAGAGAAAUAAAAAGAGCUAACUUUUAACGAAUUUUCUUUUA